UUUAUUUUGUUGUUAGUGGCCAGGGUCUACCGCGAACCGCGAUUUUGCCUCUCUGUGGCACUUGUAAAUUCGUACGCAAGUAUGACGGGGACGCAACAAGUCGAACGUGGUUUGCCGUAGGCCCUCUGACAAAAAGGACGCCGCAAUACGUGAGAAGCGAUAAGAUAUAUCUCAUUUCGUGUCUUACUUAUUACGGCACGUGACAUCCCUCUUGUCAGUGACUAAAAUGAGAAAGGUGUAACAAGCUUUUGACUGAUUGAUUUCCGAAAUAACUUUUUUCUCUCUUUUACUAAUUAUUACUUUUCCCGUAAAUGCUAGGAGCUAAAAUUACAUUCAAAUACACAUAUGCUGGAUUAGUUUGACAAUGCAUGGUAGCUUUAAAAUUCUAUUGCCAACCUACAGGUACUUGCGCUAUAGUUGCCAUGUUAAUAUUUUCUUUCUUUUUCCGUCACGCACCGCCUCACAUGUAUUUGAGUCGAGAACGACAACGAGAAACGAUCACGAAAGAAACCACGAGAACAAUGGUGGCUGCUAAAGUAUUUUAGAUGGCGGUGUUCUCUUGGGUAUGGCAGUAUCGUGUUAUUUCAAUGAAUUUCGACAAAUGUUGAAGAUUAACCAAGAAAAUCUAUUAUAAGCACAGAACAGGACCUUAGGAAAUGUCUACAAUGCAUUUUAUGGUCCAUCCUUUGCCUGGCACUGAGGAUCAAUUGAUAGACAGACUCAAAGAAGUAGCAGAGCGAUGGAAUCGGUACGGGACCGGCGCCGGUUCCUCGGCGCUGAGCUCGCUGCGCGGUGUGCGCGCCGUGGCCGCGGGCCCAGCACACAUCGCCUGCCUACUCGAGGACGGAACCAUAUGCCGAGCUGCAUUUUCUAUUAUACCUGACCGAUUGGACUUAAGCAAAAAUGACGCUAGCAAGAGCGGCGGAAAUGGAGGCGGAGGCAGUGGGGGUGGUGGGACAAGUGGGGGAAAGCAAAGUGGCAGCGGUGGUGGUUGCGGAUCAAGACAACAGCCUCGGACCAGAGCACGUAUCAUGAGGAAUUCCAUUCGCACGGCCACAAGCUCGCAAGGGUCGACGAGCCGCGCUGCGGGCGUUAUAAUCGGCGCCUCGGGCUCGGGCCGCGUGGUGUCUGUGCCCGCGCCCUUCGUGCCCGAGGACCUGGUCACGCAGGCGCAGGUGGUUCUGCAGGGCAAGAGCCGAAACCUUAUAGUUAGAGAAUUACAGCGUACAAACCUUGACGUGAACUUGGCGGUGAACAACCUAUUGUCUCGCGAUGACGAGGAGGGCGAAGAGCCGGAGAGCGGCGAGGGCGGCGACGGCUACGUCCCCGAGGACCUCAUCUCGCUGCUGGACGGCGGCUUCCACGCGGCGCAGCAGGACAACUCCGUCAUCAUCGACGCCGACGCGAUGUUCUCCGAGGACAUCUUCGGGUACGCGGCUAUCAGAAGUCGCAGUGGUGGUAACAACAGCGGGCGCGGGACGGUGAACCGCGAGAGCAGCAGCUCGACGCAGGAGCGGCCGUCCGAGUUCAGCCGGUGGCGCGACCGCCAGUACUUCGGGCCGCGCAGGUGGCUCGAGUCGGCGCUUCGCGACACCUCCUGGGAUAAAGACAACACUGAAAGCAAGAAAAAAGAUUCUGCUAUGGCUGCGUCUCCGCUUUGGGUGUCCGAGGAGUUAGAAUACUGGGACAGCAACAUCCGAUUCACGCACAUAGCCGCGACGUACAGCGAGCUCGUGGCCAUCUCCACGCAGGGCCAACUCCACCAGUGGCGUUGGGCUGACGCACACCCUUACCAGCGCACAGACGCGUCUGGUGCGGGAUGCGCGUAUCACCCUCGUUCCAACUGGCUCGGACUGGCGGCCGGCGAGCGCGUGGUCAGCGUCGGAGCGGCCGGCAUCCGCGUGUCCGUGCUCUCCGACACCGGCAGGAUCGCCACCUUCCUCGAUGAAUCCAUCGCGCAUGCACUAGGCGCAUCACGCUUAGAACAUCCUCUACAAACAUUCUCGGAGUUUGGCUCCGACAGGGCUAUAUCACUGCACGUGUGCUCACUGUACACUGUCGCUAGACUGGAAUCAGGAGCGCUUUAUUGGUGGGGGGUCCUGCCCCUGGGCCAGCGCGCCCGUCUGUGGGAGAAGCACCGAGCGCGGUCCCGUAAGCAGCGCGGACACUCGUCCGCGACGCCGCAGGACCUGCAGGCUGGACAAAGCGUUACCAUGAAGAACGCACCCAUGUACCAACCUGGGGCCGUUGGGUUUAAUAUGUCAACGGGAGUACCUAAAGUUGGUGUGCUUCAAAAUGCUGCCUGGAAUAUCUCUGAUACUUGUCGGUUUAAACUGUUGCCCCCGCCGCAACCAGAUCGCUCGCUUUCAGACAAGGAUAAGAGAGAUUUACAAAACCAGUCACCGCUAACAGUGUCAUCAGUGAAAGCCUCAUCAUCCAGCAGUGCCAGUAAGGACGCAGGCAAGGACAGUAACAAGGACAUGGCAGACCGGCUCGACAUGCCGCCGCCGCCCAGUCCGGCCUCGUCCACUUGCAGUGAUACUAGCACCUCGCAUAAGCGUGCCAAACGCGUGACUUUCCGUGGAGAGGAGGGUUCAUCGAAUGACGGGUCUAAACGCGACGAGGAGGAAUGGCCGCUGAAGGAGGUCGUGUUCCUUGAGGACGUCAAGAGCGUGCCGCUCGGACGCGUCCUAAAGGUUGACGGCGCCUACGCGGCCGUUCGGUUCCCGGUUGUUGGCAAAGACGGCAAGGAGGUGGUUCCAUCAGCGCCUGAAGACUGGACGGCUUUACUUCAAGACUGCCGUUUAGUGCGUAAAGAUGACUUGGUGGCCGUGAAGUGGGGCUCCGGCACGGCAGGCCCUCGCGGUCCUGACUGCCUACAGCGCUCGCCUAGGAAGAUAGCCCUUCCGGCUGACGUCCAAGUCAUUUCUAUUGCUGUGGACGGGCGCGGCGUUCACGCCGUAGUCCGCCGGCCGGGCGGAGCGCUCGCCUACGCCGUGUACGCAGUAGGCGCCACGCGCGCGCUCACCGACAGCGCCUUCCCCACUGACCACGGGGCCCUCCUUGGCCACUCAAACGGACAAGCGAUUCAACUCGCCACCGCUGCUGAGGGCAGCGAACCGGUGGUGAUGAUGCUGGACGGCAACGGCGCGCUGUACCCGAUCGCGCGCGACUGUGUGGGCAUGGUGCGCGAGCCGCCGCCGCUCAACCUGCCGCCGGCGCGCGCUCUGGCCGCACACGCGCUGCCGCUCUACCCGCACGGCACGCAUCACACACAUCACACAGCACUAAAAUCACAGGUGGCGCUUAUUAUUUUGGUACCGGAGCCACAACUGAUGAUGCCGCGUGUAUUACGUUGCGAUCUUGAUGGAAUUCGUCAACUACUGCACCAGUUGGAAUCAGACGUCACCAAGCAACAAGUUUUAUCUAUAUUGCAAGAGCGUUGCGAUGGCAAUAGGAACAUACUACACGCAUGCGUUCAUAUGUGUGCGCCUACAUCAAACAAGGAACCUGAUAUAGUCGAAAAUGCUACGACUUUACCUAACCUGUCAGGGGGCACCGUUGGAAUUAACCCUAGUGCAGAUGAAGCCGUUCCGGCGCUAUCCUGGCCCCCUGAAACCUUUGAAGCCUCAGGUGAUGAGGAUAGCCUUAUGGGACUCACAGGCAAUGGUAAUUUUUACAGAAAGAUGCAAGGAGGUGGCAACAAUGGAGGAGGAAUAGUCAGUGCCGACCCUGCCGAGCGCCGCGGCAAUGCGCUCCUGGCACUACGCGCUAUGUGCGACAGUCCUGCGUUACAGCCGUACCUCAUGCAGCUGCUGUCUGCCACAGAUGGCAUGGGACAGACGCCCCUGAUGGCUGCAGUAGCGGAGCGGGCAUACCGCGCCGCGGUGGUGCUACUGGAUGCGAUCCGUUCGUGCGCCGACGGCGAAGCGGACGACGCGCAGCGCGCGGCAGCCAUCUUCCCGCCCAACGCACACCCCGACCACUCGCCGCUCCUCGUGCUGUGCUGCAAUGACACUUGCAGUUUCACGUGGACGGGGCAAGAACACAUUAAUCAGGACAUUUUUGAAUGUAAAACAUGUGGACUGACCGGAUCUCUAUGCUGCUGCACCGAGUGCGCUAAGGUGUGCCACAAAGGCCACGAUUGCAAACUAAAGCGCACCUCGCCAACGGCUUACUGCGACUGCUGGGAGAAAUGCCGCUGCAAGGCGCUGGUCGGCGGCAACUGGGCAGCUCGUUGCGAUUUACUCAUUCGACUUGCUAAGGACACUCAGCUGGCCACACAUUUCAAUUCGAGGGGAGAGUCGAUUCUACUAUUCCUAGUGCAAACUGUCGGCCGACAAGCGGUUGAACAGCGUCAAUUCAGGGCAGGUGGAGGCCGCGGGCGCGGUCCACGCAAGCAGCCCGGCUCUGAUGCAGAGGUUGAUGCUCCCGAUCACGACUUGGAGCCACCGAGAUUUGCUCGCCGCGCUCUGCUAUUCUUACUCAGCGACUGGGCGGCAGUGGAAGCAGCCGUGUCUUGCGGCGCCAACUGCGCGGUCGGGGAAGGGGACAGCCGCCCCGGCAGCCCCGCGCCGCACCAGUCCGGCACCACCUUACUUGACAAAUUCACUCAUGCUCUCAUUGUCAAGUGCACCAACGAGAUGCUUGAUACACUUCUGAAUACGCUGAUAAGAGAACAACAGAACGAAGCGAUCCCAGGUCGCCCGGAAAGAGCGCGUGAAGUGGCGCGCAGAUUUGUACGCUCUGUUGCUCGGAUAUUUGUCAUAUUUAGCGUAGAAAUGGCUCCAGGUGCCGCAAAAAAGAAGGGGCCACUUUCGAUAACAUCGUCAUUGGUACGGUGUCGGCGCGUGUUCGCCGCUUUAGUGGCUCUUGCAGUUGAAGAGCUGGUCGAGGCGGCGGAUGCGCUACUCGCCCCUGUGCGUUUGGGCGUUGUGCGCCCUACGGCCCCAUUCCCUCUAGCGACGACAUUCGUUGAUCUUGUUAACGGAAGUGAAGAUUUAUUCGGAGUAGAGCCACUAUCUACAGCAGCGUCGCGCCUUGCGCAUUCGCGGCGAGAGUCGAACGCAGCGCCGGGUCGCGAUGCAGGCACGGGAGGCACGUCGAUGGGCAGUUCCACGUUAGUAGCCGACAGGUCGUCGACGCCGGUCGCGACCGAGUACGCCGACGAGGUCGCUGGCGAGGCGCUGGGUGGCGACGACGAUGCCUCCGAGACCGAUGAGCCCAAUGCGGCCGCUCCCGUCCCGCCCACUGAUAAUCAGCACCAUGAUGAUCCGAUGGGUGAUAGAGGACAAGAUCAACACGUCGUAGUGGAAAAUGGCACAGAGCGUGCAGAAGGAGGGGAGAGUGAAAGCGAAUUAGACUUACUGGCUGAAGCCGAAACCGAGAGCGACUCCGACGACCAGGACAACGCAGAUCCGGCCCAACGCAGCGUGCAGACCGGUGCGGCACAAGGCUCUGAUGGAGGAAUAGCUUCUCUUCUUCUAUACCCAGAAGACGAGAGCGGCGACUCGACGCAGCCCGAGGACGAGGACAGCGAGGCGGGCGAGACGGACGAGCAGGACGCGGAGGCCGAGCCGCCGCUGCACGACGGAGAGGCACUUGAACGCCGCGCGGCGCCGCCCUCUCGCCCCAACCUCGCGCCGCACUCCAUGCAGUGGGCCAUACGUAGUUCCCGCGAGAGCACGCGCGGGACGAGCAGCAGCGCGGGCGGCGUGCGGCUGGCGGGCGGCUCGUCGCUGGUGUUCAUCGACCCCGCGUCGCUGCGCCGCUCCGCCGCCGCCGCCGCCGCCGGUGCGCACGACCCGCACUCUACCUCUACCACCGCUUCCUACCUCGCCAGGGCUUUCGGCAUCGUCAUUCGGCAAAUAGCCGACUUGCUAUGGGAAUACGAGCGCGUCUCAUUGCCUAUACCUCGCAUGUUGCCACUCUCGUAUCGCGAAGCGUUACGCUUGCAAUGCUAUCUCGAGAGGCAACUUAAACCAACAUGGGAUUGGUUAGUGACUGUAAUGGACGCUACCGAGGCACAACUGAGAUUCGGUGCUUCACUGACAUCAAACAACGUAAGCACAACCACAGUGGAAAGCGGGCGGCCUAACGCACCUGCCGUUCGGCGCGCCACAUCCUUUACUUCCCCUGCGACCCGCAUUAUAGGGUUCUCGGAAGGUCCUAGAACAAGAGACCGUGAACAAGGCGUGGAGGCGGGCAGUGCCCGGCGCGAGUUUCUGGCGUACUGCCUGUCGCUGCUGCGCGCGCACAGCGCCGAACACGCGGAGCAGUUGCCUGUGCUGGACGUGGCCGCGCUCAAGCACGUGGCGUACGUUCUCGACGCGCUCGUCUACUACAUGCGAGCCGCACAGCCGCAGCCGCAUCACCACCAUCAUCUAUGGUCUUCGGACGAAAACGAAAACGAAGAAGGUGACGAAGAAAUGGUUGUGGGAGGCGCCGCAGCCGCCGAGUCCGACAGCGAGGGCGAGGGCGCUCGCGGGCGUUCACACAACUUCUUCCAGCGGUCGGACUCUACGCUGUGUCUCGGCUGCCCGCCACCGGACCCUUUCAAUAUGACGAUGCAAGAGGCGCUCCCGCUGGCCGACCAGCCGCAGCUGCUGCAGCCCAACGCUCGCCGCGAGGAGCUGUUUGGAAUGCCCCGGCAGCCCGUCACCGUGCCCGCCUCCGGCGACGCGCCACCCGGCGUCAACAACCCGCUAGAAGUCGUGCCGCGCCGCUUGGGUUUGUCCACGCGAGGAGCAGAACGCAGCUGGUGGCCGGGGACGCGGCCCGCCUCGGCACCGCCCACGCAUUCGCACUCGAUGGGUCGAGACGAACCACAGGAUUUAUCUUGUACUAAGGAUACAAUGGGGAAAAUGGACGUUGAUACCGAUGGAGAGUACUUAUCCGACUCUGAUUCAAAUGAAGCUCGCCACAUUUCCAGAAAGAAGCAUCAUAGCAGUGGGUUUUUGUUUUCAUUCAGACACCCACACUCGGCGCUAGCGAGCGGGCUGGGGUCGAUCCCGGAGCCCAGCGCGCCGCCCUCGGAGUUCCACACGCUCGUCAACACCGCCUGCUCAAUCAUAGAGGCGCCACAUCGACAGGGACUGGCCUCUUUGGCUUCACCAGGACCGAGCGGGUCGGGCGUCGGCAUCGCGCUGGAGCCCCGCGCAUCGUCGUCGCGCAGCCCCAUCAAGACUGUCAUUGUACGUGCUGGCGAGUUGCUGAGCGCCGCGGAUCCACUAGAGUCGCAGGAGAUCUCCGCUCACGUAACCGUGGAGACCACCGGCUUGCCUCCGCCGCCGCUAAUUCCGCCUAUCAGCACGCCGCAACAACCGCGCGCGUGCCCCUCGCUGGGGGCGUCUGUGUCACACGACCUGCUGCUGGGGCGCUGGCGGCUGUCGCUGGACCUGUUCGGGCGCGUGUUCACCGAGGACGUGGGACUGGAGCCCGGCUCCGUCGUCGCCGAGCUCGGUGGCUUUCCCGUCAAGGAGGUCAAGUUUCGCCGUGACAUGGAGAAACUAAGAAACUCGCAACAAAGAGAUCUUACCUUGCAUAAGAUGGAGCGCGAUCGCGCGAAGCUUCUGCAGCAAACGUUUGCGGAAUUGAACACCGCGUUUACCGGGCAGAACCGGCGCGUGCACAGCGCGCAGCCGCCGCUAGCCGUCAACCGUGUGAAGGUGACCUUCCGCGACGAGCCAGGCGAGGGCAGCGGCGUCGCACGGUCCUUCUACACCAGCGUGGCCGAGGCGCUGCUGGCCAACGAGAAGCUGCCGCCGCUGGAGCCCGCCGCCGGCCCGGGCGGCAACUCCGCCAACCCUUCCGCGGGCUCCACCGGCGGCUCCGCCGGCACCGGUAACAGCGGCACUAGGAGUGUAUCUGGUCCCCGUAUGAAGAAUUUAGCCCGUCGCUCGCCCACGACCGACGGCACGCCAGGGUCGGCCGGCGCGGCCGGCGGCGGUGGCAGCAGCAAUACUGGUGCACGAAGCGGGCCCGGGCCACGCAUGAAGAACCUGACGCGGCGGUCGCCGAGCGGGCCCGCGCCGCGCCCUCCGCCUUCACGCGAGCCACGGCGCGCUCUCAGUGUCGAUGCUAGACCAUAUUCACCACAGGCCGCGCCAGGGACUGAAGGAGCUGGAUACAGCGGUGACAGACAAGGACAUAACGAACAUCUCACGUUACACCAAGCACAGUUAGGCGAAAGACUUUAUCCCAAAGUGCACUCAUUACACCCCUCUUUCGCGGGUAAAAUUACUGGCAUGCUGCUAGAACUAACGCCGGCGCAGCUGCUCGUGCUGCUGGCUAGCGAGGACGCGCUGCAGCAGAAGGUGCGCGAGGCCAUGGAUCUCAUCGUCAUGCAUCCCUCCGAAGCGAUACUGGUCGUUUUGGGUGCAGAUCUGGACGUUUUCUCACUGUCGGAACGAAGCGCCGCCGCGGCGGGCUCCGGGUCCGGCGGCGGCGGCGCGGGCGGUCCGGGGGGCGCAGGCGGCGCGGGCCCGCCUGUUGCGGCUCCGCCGCCACCCGACGACGCCGCCCCUCUGUUCUACUCGCCAGGCAAGCGUGGCUAUUACUCGCCCAGACAAGGGCGCGCCACCCCUGAACGGAUUAAUGCUUUUAGGAAUGUUGGCAGAAUCAUCGGCCUGUGUCUGCUACAAAAUGAAUUAUGCCCUAUGUUCCUCAAUCGACAUGUACUGAAAUAUAUUCUCGGUCGACCAGUUCGGUUUCACGACUUGGCGUUUUUUGACCCCGUCGUAUACGAAAGCCUGAGGCAACUCGUGGUCGACGCUGAAACAGGCGAUUCACAUUCAUUAUUCGCUGCUCUAGAUCUCAACUUUAGCUUGGAAAUGUGCGAAGAGGAGGGAGGCGGGUGCGUGGAGCUGGUGGCGGGCGGGCGUGAGCUCGAGGUCACUGCCCUCAACGUGUACGACUAUGUGCGCAAGUACGCGCAACACCGCAUGCUGCUCUCGCAGGAGAAAGCGCUUGAGGCAAUACGAGUGGGCGUCCUGGACGUCCUGCCCGAGUCUGCUUUGGAAGGCUUGACGGCAGAGGACCUGCGACUGCUACUCAACGGGGUCGGCGACAUCAACGUGGCGGCGCUGGUCUCCUACACCAGCUUCAACGACGAGAGCGGCGAGCCCCCGGAGCGGCUCGCGCGCUUCAAACGCUGGCUCUGGGCCAUCGUUGACAAAAUGACGCAUCUUGAGCGACAAGAUUUGGUGUACUUCUGGACCGGGUCCCCCGCGCUGCCGGCGAGCGAGGAGGGCUUCCAGCCGAUGCCGUCGGUGACGAUCCGGCCGGCCGACGACGCGCACCUGCCCACCGCCAACACCUGCAUCUCGCGGCUCUACAUACCGCUCUAUUCCUCCCGACACGUGCUAAAGCACAAACUGUUACUCGCAAUCAAAACGAAAAACUUUGGUUUCGUCUGAACUAACGCGCCACACUCUUUUUAUUGUUUAAUUUCGUUUAGCUCUAAAGUCAGUCUUCCAAGACUGUCAUUUUCCCUAUUGGAUUUUGAUUAAUUGAUCACUGAGAUCUGUAAGCAACUAUUAGUCGAUAAUAGGAAAACUACGGAAAUUAAUACUUAAAAUGAUUCAGGAUAUACCACCCUGUCUCAUUUAAGAGCCUAUCAACGUGCUCACUAGUGCCACUGCUAAAUAAUUGUGAUUAUUUAAAUUUAACGAUAGGUAUUUAAAAAAGGGGACCGCUACGUUACUACUACGCUACUACCUACUUAAAAACAAAAUACAGUAUGUAGCGGCCCCCUUUUUUAAAUAUCUAUCGUUAAAUUUAAACAAUAACAAUUAUUUUCCAGUGGCGCUAGUGAGCACGUUGAUGGGCUCUUAAGGAGUCAUAUUGAUUUACUAACGAUGAUUCGUUGGAGCUCCGUUUAACUGUUUUACAAAUUAAAUGAAAACAAUUGUGAUGUCGAUUUGUCGAACCACAGGUGAGUCUCUAUCGGGUAAACCUUACAUUAAUUCUUAAUAGUAAUGUUUCACUUACACAUUCACUCAUUGAAUUAUUAUUUUUUGAGAGGAAAUUAAUUUCGAGAAUCUUAUACAGCUAAUGUUCAGUUGAAAAUAAAUAUUCCUUUGUUUUCAGAAAAUAUAUAUUAUCAAUGCACACUUGCUUUUUAAGUACAACUUUUCAAUACACUUAUAACUUACUGUACACAGAUAUUCCCUGUCCUAUGUUGUUUAUAAGUAAUACUAAGUAAGAAGUAAUAGAAAAGACUGAACCGCUAUUUUUUUUAAACCUCAGUGGUUGUCAGAAAUUUGAUUUCGUGUUUUUUUAACACGUUAACUGUCCCAAUCUAAAUUGUUAAACGUGUGUGUUACGGCUUUGUAAUGGAGGCUUCCCGUGACCCAUAUACGGGGCACGGACCGUGAACGUGUUAAACAAUGUGUAUAAGAGCGUGCACCAGAUAAAAAAAACGCGCGGGUCUAAUUGCACUCUUCUUUAAAGUCAUAAAAACUAAGAGUUAGUAAUGUUUAGUUCAAGUUUAUUUUUGCCAAAGCAAUAUAGGUAAAAAACUUAAGUAAGUCACCUGUUGUAUGUAGUUGUGACGUGUUCGAAUAGACAAUACAUGUUUAAAAGACACACACAAACAAAACAAAUGUCUAUUCGAACACGUCACAACUACAUACAACAGGUUAUAUACAAGUUUUUUACCUAUAGCAAUAAUUGACAGAAAUCCAUAAGUUCAUUUCUAUUUUAAAUUGACGCAAGGUUACCUAUAUAGAUACGAGUCUGAUUUAAUUGAGUAUUAUCCAAAUUAAAGAAAACAUAUAUAAGUGAUCAAGACUAGAAGUUUUACAUUUUGUUUAUUAAUUCAAAUCUUUGUCAUUUAGGAAAUACCCAGGCAGCCAGGUAAUCGAUUACCAUAUAAAUUACACACGAGGCUUGUAGUUUACCUUUAAUUGUUAAGCUCGCCGUAGUAUUUAAACUUUUAUCGUUUUAAAUUUUAAUUCUAUAUGGCUACCACGAGUUUGACACUGACAUAUUCGUUAAUGCCAAAGAGCAUAUUAAUCACUACGUUUUAAGAGACAGGACUUCCAUACUAGCGAGUGGAAUCAGUUUGUUUCGCAAAUCAUUACCAAAAUGUACGACAAAGAACUGUCAAAGAACCAUAGUACCAACAUAAGUGAUUUAAAUAGUGUAGUAAGCUACACGCUUGCGUUUCUUAUCGAUAUCGACAAAAUGGGUAGGGUUGAAACAUAUGUACACUCCUCUAUAAAUUUUGUACUCGAAAUCAUGUUAGUAUCGAGUCCACAUUUAAGUUGUAUGUUAUAUAGUGGAUAGUUCUUUGAGUGGACUAAUACGUGGUCGGACUUAAUGUGGAGCCGAAUUAUUUUUAUACAGUUUUUAAGUCGAGGUUUUUUGUUAUUAAAAGAGCUUUAUUUUCAAAAUGAUCUGCACAUACAUGUUUCAAUAAAUGUAACUUUUCUAUGGGAAGAUGUAUCAGGUCUUCGUUCCCAGACCCACUGCCUGCAUCUGAAAACAUACGAUAAACAUGACUUUAUCCACAGUUUAUAUUCCAAGUGUUUGCUAAUGACUAAUGAGAUCAUCAACUGAUUAUUUAGCGCUAAUAUGCAAUUAUAAAUCAUGUUUUUUGGCAUCCAAUUAUCAACAACCCUUUAUCAAUGCUCUAACUUUUUAUAUAUUUAUAUGUCUGUUAAUCAUAAGAAACGGUCUGGGCUAGUUGGCAGUGACCCUGCCUAUGAAGCCGAUGGUCCCAGGUUCAAACCCUGGACGGGCAUUUAUUUGUGUGAUGAGCACGAAUAUUUGUUCCUGAGUCAUGGGUGUUUUCUAUGUAUUUAUAAAUAUUUAUAUAUAUAAUAAAAUUAUAUAUAUAAAUAAUAUAAUAAUAAUUUAUAUAUAUAUAAUUAAUUUAUAUGUAUAAUUUUAUAUAUAUAAUAAAAUUAUAUAUAUAAAUAUAUAUAUAAUUUUUUUUUAAGUAUCCACAACACAUGCCAUGCAUACUUUAGUAUCAUAAAAGCAGAGAUAAUUUUCUUACAUUUUAGUUUAAUAUAUUAAAUAAUUACUUACCAAAUAAAAAAAAUAUCUUAACUAAUGGCCUGAUGAAAAUCUUCGACGAAUUAAUUAUGGUCAUAUUGCAUGCAAGUUCUCGGGAAUUUCUCAUAUUUAAUUAAAUUAUUUACACUGAUAGUGAUAUACAAAUAAACCUACAGUUAUCGAUAGUUAUAGUACAUCCCUAGUUCACAACGAAAAAUAAUUUAAAAUAUCUAAUUUUCAAUGUUUUUAUAGCCUGCUGACCCAAAAUAAGGUCAAAAGUAUCUAAAGCAAUACUUACCGGUCUCCAUCCAAGGGAAAUUUCGCCAUAAAAUCCCUUUUUUCGUGAUUUUCUCGAGUGGCUGGCUUACCACAUAUUUCACACUUAGUAAACCGUUUUCUCGGUGGCAUUGUAACAAACUCUCUCUUUACUCUGAUCACGGUUCACUAUUUUCGAUAUUUUCACUAAAUAAAAAAGAAAUUGCACGAAAUACCGAACAAAACAUUGAAGCCUUCAUGACAAACAAGACAAUUAGGUUUGACAGUUGACUUGAUGUAAAUUUGACAGAAUAAAUAGCACUGACGUUUUCUUUUACUUUGUUGGCAAUGAUUUGCGAAACAAACUCCAUACAAAACUUUUUUGUUCCUAGUUGAGUCAGCCUGGUUAAUGCUUGCGAAACGCUACUUUCGUUCGCAUACCGAACAAAAUUUAGGCAAUUUUUUUUACCUAUACCAAAGAGUUAUUGAUGUUUAAGACAUGUAAAGUGUAUAAAACAUGCCCCUAGUUUGACAUCUAAAAUAGAGGGCGCUGUACUGCGAUAUAUAUUUUGAGGUCACUGGAAAGUCCAGCUAUCUCUUUACUGAAAGCAACUACUGAACAACGUCAUGCUCCACGAGCUCACUUAAAAGUUACUACUGAACAAUGACACUUGACACUGGAAAAACCACUAUAGGUUUGAUGGAGGCCAUAUUUUAAAAGAAAAAGAAGAAGCUAAGAGUAUAAUAUUACACAUAUAAGGUAGAAGUACUAGUGCUCGACACUGACACUGCACUAGUCACCGACAUGGGCACUUUAUUUCAUGGAAAUAAGGUUAAAUUUGAACAACGAAGAUUUUUCUGUAUUCGAACUUGAUCCUUGUCACUUUGACAUAAAGUGCCCAUUUCGAGAUCUAGUGCAGCGUCGAGCACUAGUACUUCUACCGUAGUGCAUGAUUGUUGUUCAUCGUAUUUUCUCAGAAGCCUUUGUAUUUGUCAUGAUACUUCAGUCAACCACAGUACCUUUUGUACCGAGGCUGCCUGAAAUAGCAAGACACGUUUCCUUGAAGAUACGAUGGAAAAUAAUUAUGCACUACAUCUGUACCUUAACAGUAGCCUCAAGAAUCAUGCAAGAGAGUGUCGUAAUUCAAGGUAAUAUUUUACUUGCUUUAAAUAUUUGAUUUAUGUAGAAUCUCCAGUAUUAUAUAAGAUUUAUUCAAAUACUGCGUUCUAACUUUAUAAAUGGGUGUAAAAUUUGUUAUACGUUUAACUGUCUGAAAGAUGUAUUGCCACUCAUCGCUCAAUUUUAUGAACUUUCCAAGUACCAAUCAGAUUGGCGUGUGUAGUUUAUCUUGGGCAACCUGGGUAUCGUUUCGUUCAAAUAACUCCACCUGCACAUUUAAAACUAAAGGGUCACCCGGUUGAACAUAUACGAAAUUGAAAGUGAUCUGUGUUAUGUAGUUAUAUUGAUUUGAUAAGAUUUUUAAGAAACAUAAUUAAAAGUCUGGACGCGGCUUAGUAAGUCUAAAAGGACAGCAUUUACAUUUUCUACUUGAGAUAUGAUCUUUAGUUUUAAAUGAGCAAAAGGAUUUGCAUUAAGACAAACAAUCUACCUAUAUAUGCAAUCAUUUAGAUAAGGUUGCAACUACUUUUAUAUUAAUAUUAUUAUGACACUAUUUUGUUGUGACCAACGAACGGUUUAUACGUUCUUGACGAUAAUCACGCAACGCCGUGAACUUAACGGUGAUAAACAACCCUUAUGGUUUAUUUAUUAUUGUCACAUAGAAGCCAUAUGAAAAAAUAUUCAGAUAUACUUUUACUGUUUAUAUAUAGCUUUGUUAUAUAGGUGGAAAUAUAAGAUGAUAGAGUGAAGUAAAAAUUACAAUUAGCGCCAGCAUGCAUUGGUGUGAUUAUCGUAAAUGAUGGUGAUUUUGAUCCAGCAAAAAUGUUUUGCUCCUCUAAUAAUCUUAAAAUUUCCUUCGAUUAGGUGUAGUGUUAUUCAUAAUAAACAAUCUCAAACUGCAAUAA